AUGAUGGACCUCCGCGUAGCCUGCAUCGUGCUCCUCUUGGGGACCCUGACUGCAGCUCAUGGGAAAGGAUACGUGGUGAAGAAGGUGGUGAAGGCCGCCCCUCAGUAUCAGCCCUACUCUGUCAAAAGCCAAGUCGCCCCAGUGGUGGGAGAGCCUGGGCCCCCAGGUGAGCCUGGCCCCGAGGGGCCUGCUGGUCCCCCCGGUCCCCCUGGUGAGAGCGCUGAGGGUCUGCCUGGCCCCGAGGGCCCCCCUGGAUCCCCUGGUGCACCUGGACGGUCCAUCGCUGGCAAACCUGGUAACCCAGGUGGCUCCGGAAAACCCGGCUCUGAUGGGGCCCCCGGUGAGAAGGGAGACACUGGAGCCCCUGGCGCACAGGGACCUAGAGGAGCCCCUGGACCUUCUGGGACCCCCGGCCCCGCUGGACUGUCUGCCACAGGCAAGCCUGGACCUGCUGGACUUCCUGGAGCCAUGGGCCCCCGAGGAGAGCCUGGCCUGAAGGGACACCCUGGUAUCCCAGGCCUGCCUGGUCAGAAAGGAGACAUGGGGGUGGGUGUUCAGGGACCUCAGGGAGAGACAGGACCAGAGGGGCCUGCAGGUGCUCCUGGAGCCCCAGGUGAGGAAGGAGUAGGUAAGCCAGGAAAGCCUGGUAUGCCCGGUGAGCCAGGAAAGGGAGGUACCCCCGGCAGAGAUGGUGCUGCUGGACCUACCGGACCCAUGGGACCUAAGGGACACACUGGAGCUCCAGGUGUAGGCAUGUCAGGUAAACCAGGUGAGAACGGAGCUCCCGGUCUGCCAGGACCCAUGGGUCCUAAAGGCCACCAGGGUCCUACUGGAGCGACCGGGGCCCCUGGAGUGCCUGGGUAUGGAAAGCCUGGUGCUAACGGAGAGAAGGGAGCCACAGGAGCCACAGGGGCCACUGGUGCCCCCGGAGCUAAGGGAGACCAAGGCGCCACUGGUUACACUGGUGCCACCGGUGCCACUGGACCCACUGGUCCUGCUGGCCCUCAGGGGCCUCGUGGUUUCACCGGUCAGACUGGACCUGUAGGAGCUAAGGGAGACACCGGAGCCACCGGUCCUCAGGGCAUGAAGGGACACAAGGGAGACCAGGGCAUUCAGGGAGCUCAGGGCAAACAGGGAUACCCCGGCCCCGCUGGUAACCCCGGAGCUCAGGGAGCCUCUGGUCCUCAGGGCAUGAAGGGACACACAGGAGCCCCAGGCAUCCCUGGCUCUCCUGGAAUCCCCGGCCCUGCUGGCCCCAAAGGACACCCAGGCCGUGCUGGUGAGCCUGGCUCUUCUGGCUCUGAUGGCGCUCCCGGUGAGAGAGGACCCGCUGGCCCACAGGGACCUGCUGGAACUCCUGGUCUGAAGGGACACCCUGGUCUCCCUGGGGCCCCUGGCCCUGCUGGCCUUGCUGCCAAGGGUAUCAGCGGCCCUCAGGGUCCCCCUGGUGUGCCUGGUGAGCCUGGUGUAGAUGGUGCCGCUGGCCCCGCUGGUCCCCCUGGUCCCCCCGGCCCCCCAGGAGAGGUGAUGUUUGAGAAGGGUAUGGGAGUGAGCGAGGUGAUGGUCAAGUCCCCCAUGUCUGCUUUCACUGCAUCCCUGGCCACGCCCUACCCCGCUGCCGGCAGCCCCAUCAAGUUUGACCAGAUCGUGUACAAUGCAGAGAACCACUACGACCCCGAGAGCGGCAUCUUCACCUGCCAGAUCCCAGGGGUCUACUACUUCUCCUACAGCAUCCAUGUGAACGGAGCCCACGCCCUGGUGGCCCUGUACAAGAACGGCCAGCCCGUCCUCUUCAGCUACGAUGAGUACAACAAGGGCUUCCUGGACCAGAUGUCAGGCAGUGCAGUGCUGCUGCUGGACGAGCAGGACACAGUGUACCUGCAGAUCCCUGAUGAGGAGGCCAACGGUGUGUUCGCCGCUGAGAACGUCCACUGCUCCUUCUCCGGCUUCCUCAUCGCCUCCACGUGA